AGGAGAAAAGAAGCUUUCACUAGAUAGCGGAGCUGUGACAAUACUAUCCCCCAUUUUACUGUUACAUCAAAACCUCCAGUACGCUGCCGUUUCGUUCCGCUCCUCCGCAUUCGCUUUUUCUGCUCUUUUUUUCCCUUUGCCUUGUGCUCCUCCUUUUGAUCGCCUCCUCAGAAGGAGCUCCAAAUACUAAGCAUUGAGUUUUUCGUGCUCGAAAAGGAGCACAAAUCAGAGGAGCAGAAGCUUCACAGUGCAGACUGGAACGACAAGUCGUCCGGAAAGCUUUCCAAGAAAUUCGAUGGGAUUUUUCUGUUUGUUAAGCUUUGAUUAAUUGGCGGUUGGGUUGACAAGAGCAUCGGGUGGAAAAGUGAGAUAAUGGGGGCAAUUGGUGGGGAAGAUCUAGUGAAGUGGGAGAAGAUGCAAGGAGCAACUGCUCGUGAAGAGAAGAUUCUGGUUUUGGUGAGGUUGAGGCCUCUGAGUGAGAAGGAGGUUGCAGCAAGUGAAGUAGCAGAUUGGGAAUGCAUCAAUGACACAACCAUCUUAUACCGAAACACGCUGCGGGAAGGGUCUACAUUUCCAACUGCCUAUACAUUUGACAAAGUAUUUCGGGGUGAUUGCUCUACAAGGCAGGUUUAUGAUGAAGGAGCCCAACAAAUUGCUCUUUCAGUUGUCAAUGGUAUCAACUCAAGUAUUUUUGCAUAUGGUCAAACAAGCAGUGGGAAAACGUACACUAUGAAUGGUAUAACAGAGUUCACAGUAGCAGAAAUAUUUGAUUAUAUACAUGCGCAUGAGGAACGAGCUUUUGUUGUUAAGUUUUCAGCUAUUGAGAUAUACAAUGAAGUUGUUAGAGACCUCCUAAGCACAGAUAAUACUCCGCUUAGGCUGCUAGAUGAUCCUGAGCGGGGAACCAUAAUAGAGAAAAUCACAGAGGAAACUCUGAGGGACUGGAACCAUUUAAAGGAGCUCCUUUCUAUUUGCGAAGCUCAAAGACAGAUAGGGGAGACUGCAUUAAACGAAAAAAGCUCUAGAUCACAUCAAAUUAUUAAACUGGCAAUUGAAAGUUCCGCUCGUGAGUUCCUAGGCAAAGGCAAUUCAACCACCCUUGCAGCUAGCGUGAAUUUUGUGGACUUGGCAGGAAGCGAGCGUGCAGCCCAGGCAUUAUCUGCUGGGAUGAGAUUAAAAGAAGGCUGCCACAUUAAUCGCAGUUUACUAACUCUUAGCACUGUUAUUCGCAAGCUAAGUAAAGGAAGGAAUGGCCACAUCAAUUACAGAGAUUCUAAGCUAACACGCAUACUGCAGCCGGCCUUGGGUGGUAAUGCUAGAACUGCCAUCAUUUGCACUUUGAGCCCCACACGAAGCCAUGUUGAGCAAACAAGAAACACUCUUUUGUUUGCUUGUUGUGCAAAAGAAGUGACUACAAAAGCACAGGUCAAUGUAGUCAUGUCAGAUAAGGCCCUUGUUAAACAUUUACAGAAAGAGCUGGCUAGAUUGGAGAGUGAGUUGAGGAUUCCUGGCCCCCCUUCCUCAACUUGUGAUUACCCAGCGUUGCUUAGAAAGAAAGAUCUUCAGAUUGAAAAGAUGGACAAGGAAAUUAGAGAGCUGAAAAAGCAAUGUGAUCUUGCUGAAUCACGGGUGGAGGAUUUACUGCGGAUGGUUGGAAAGGAUAAUGAUUCCAGAGAACCUUCAGAUAAUCUCAAUCCUAAAUGGAACGCCGGGGAUGUGUCAGAUGAUGAAGGCUCAGUAUCAUCAGGUGUGGCUGAUCCUUAUUAUAUGAAUGGCGUCAGAAAGUUCAACAAUCCUCAUUUUGAUGACAGAGACGGUGAGAGCAGUCCUGAGGAGGUAUACGGACAGAUUCUUGAAAAAUUUAGAUCUGAUUCAUGCCAGAGUGUAGAGGAUCCCACAGGUGGGACUGCAGAAGAUACUGAUGACUACUGCAAAGAAGUCCGCUGUAUUGAGAUGGAAGAGUCAAGCAGGGACAAGAAUUCCGGAUCCCUUGCUUUAUCUACUGUUGAAAAUGAAGUAACAUCUGGGGAUGCAAGUUUAGCUGGUCAAGAAAUGAUAUCAACCCCAGUGAAUGCAGAUAGAGAAGGGAGUCAGAUGCAAAAUGGUUUUACAUAUGGCACAUUCGAACAGAGACUACGUGAUGUACAAAUGACGAUUGAUUCUCUUGGUAGUCCUUACCCUGAAGAACAAUCUAGAAGCCUAAAGUUAACUCGGAGCUGGAGUUGUAGAGAAAAUUUCACGGCUGGCUCAUCUUCACCGGAUAAAUCGGAGAGAACCCCACCUAAUUGGUUUGAGAAAAGCUUUCCUGGGAGACCAGAAGGUUUUAGCGGGAGGAAGGUUCCAUUAUUACAUUAUGAUUCCAGCGCAAGGUUGUCAAGAAAUGAUUCUCAAUCUUCCCUUGGGAGUGCCGUGGAUGAGUUAGAAGGACGGACUGCAGAUGAGGAUAUUGCCAGUGUUCAUACUUUUGUCACAGGACUAAAGAAAAUGGCCAAAAAGCUUGAGAAUGACAGACAACUUGUCAACGGUCAGGACCAAGAGACGGGGGAAAAGUUUGCAAAGAAUGUGAAAGAUGUAGGAGUAGACCCAAUGCUGGAAUUAUCAGAAACUGCUGAUUGGCCUCUGGAAUUUGAGAGAAAGCAGAGGGCCGUAUUUGAACUUUGGCAAACUUGCUAUAUAUCAGUGGUCCAUCGAACCUACUUUUUCUUGCUCUUCAAAGGUGAUCCAACGGAUUCCAUUUACAUGGAGGUUGAACUUAGGAGAUUAUCUUUCCUCAAGGAAACUUUUUCCCGUGGAGAUCAAGCUGUCGAAAAUGGUCAGGCACUCACACUGGCUUCAAGCAUGAAAGCUAUCGGUCGGGAGAGAGUAAAGCUAAGCAAGCUGAUGCAGAAAAGGUUUUCGGCAGAAGAGAGAAAGAGACUCUUCCAGAAGUGGGGUAUUGCACUGCAUUCAAAGCGCAGGAGGCUGCAGCUGGCCAACUGCUUGUGGAGUAACACAAAGGAUAUGAACCACAUUACAGAUAGCGCCGCCAUUGUUGCAAAGCUGGUGAUGUUCGCAGAGCAGGGUCAGGCGCUCAAGGGAAUGUUCGGGCUUAGUUUCACACCGCCGAAAGCAAGGCGUAGAUCCUUUGGAUGGAAAAAUAGCAUGGUAUCUCUUAUAUAACAUGCUGCUCUCAUAUAAUAUACCACUAUAGAUAGGCGGUUUCUCAAAUCAUAUAGGCCACAUAGCGUUGUUUUCGUCAUCAAAACUUGAAACAGAUUGCCUACGAUUAUUUAUAGGAAUUGUAUAAAUCUUAGGCGGCAUGCUCAGCUUAGAAAGCUAUGUUGUGAUUUUGGUAAUAUGGUUUCCUGGUUCUGUUCCAGCUUUCCUGAAAUGUAGUUUUUUUUUUUUAAUCUUUGUGACUGUUGUGUGUAAAAAUUAUCAAUAAAUGGUUUGUUGUCUUUCCCUUA